AGAGAGAGAGAGAAAGAGAAAGAGGGAGAGCAAAGGCAUAUCUCGCCCUCCCCGCUCAACUCUGGUUCGGUGCAAGAAUUACAGCCAUGCCUCGGUACUCUCGAUCGCGGAGCCGAUCGCCGGCACGCCGUUCCCGCCGGUAUUCCAAAUCCCCGGAGGCGCCUCCAUCCGACUGCGCCAACAUUUUCUGCGGCAACAUGAACCCCACCUCCAACAAGCACGACCUGGAGCACAUCUUCAAACGCUACGGGAAGAUCGUCGACAUCUGGGUAGGUUAUUUUGGUGUAUUUUGCCAAUAUAGGGUAAGCCUACAAGGCUAACCAAAACAUCUUAAAAGUAUUGUACCCGAAGAAAACACCGGGGAAGUGCUGCUGCAAUUUUUACGGCAGUGUUAUACCAUCGUAGACCCUUCCGUUGAGCGGGAGGGAGGGCCUAAACAGCACCUUAACGCUAACUCGUCUGUUCCGAUUCCUUGGUCAGAUGCAAUGAUGUGCAUCGAGACGGCCCUAGGAUUUGAAGCGGUGAUAAGGCUGCCGUUUUGGGUGGUUCGUUCGGGAUGUCCUUACACGUCCUCAAGAGCUUGAAUUCACAGGCUGGAUUACCAAUGGCAUUGGGACUCCGCAAGCCGUUGACUUGGUGACGUCUCUGGCACAGCAGCGAUAGAUAGCGUUUGGGACAGCCUUUGGGACAGCCUUUGGGAUAGACGAGGUACUGCUGUAGGUAACUUUGCCUUGAAAACAGCUGCUGUUUGUCUCCUGCCCUUCGCCAUCGUGCACCGUGUAUUCUUUACUACAGCGU